CCACAUCCGGGAAACCUGCAGCGGAGUGCGGCGGCGGCGACACCAAGUGGAAGGCAAAAUGGCGGCGGUGGCGGCCUGGUGCUAAAGGGAGAGCCAGGUCCCCGCGACCCCCGCGACGGGCCGCGCUGGCCCGCGGCAGUCCCCCGGCGUCUCUGCCCGCCCUGUCCCACCGGGGAUACUCGGAGUCCCCGGGACGGCCUCCGGCCGCCUCGCCGCCCGCCCUCGGGCCCGUGGCCGCUGUCCAGGAGCCCCUCUCUCCCCUGCAGGUCGUAAAAAUUUUAACAUUCCUGGGGACUUCUACAAAGGAUCUUUUUCAGUUUUGCUCAAAGGAAAGCUCUGAAUCUAUCAAGUAGCUCUUAAAGAAGUCUUUUGUGUGAGUUAUAUAUAUAGAUGUUUUCAUGAAGAGGAGUGAAAAGCCAGAAGGAUAUAGACAAAUGAGGCCUAAGACCUUUCCUGCCAGUAACUACACUGGCAGCAGCCGACAAAUGCUGCAAGAAAUUCGGGAAUCCCUUAGGAAUUUAUCCAAACCAUCAGAUGCUGCUAAGGCUGAGCAUAACAUGAGUAAAAUGUCAGCUGAGGAUCCGCGACAAGUCAGAAAUCCACCCAAGUUUGGGAUGCAUCAUAAAGCCUUGCUGGAAAUUCGAAACUCUCUACAACCAUUUGCAAAUGAAACAAGUCGGAGUACUUCAGACGUUAAUCCACAAAUGCUUCAAGACUUGCAAGCUGCUGGAUUUGAUGAGGAUAUGGUUAUACAAGCUCUUCAGAAAACUAAUAACAGAAGUAUAGAAGCUGCAAUUGAAUUCAUUAGUAAAAUGAGUUACCAAGAUCCUCGACGGGAACAGAUGGCUGCAGCAGCUGCCAGACCUAUUAAUGCCAACUUAAAGCCAGGGAGUGUGCAACAAUCAGUUAACCGCAAACAAAGCUGGAAAGGUUCUAAAGAAUCCUUAGUUCCUCAGAGACAUGGCCCACCACUAGGAGAAAGUGUGGCCUAUCGUUCUGAAAGUCCCAACUCACAGACAGAUGUAGGAAGACCUUUGUCAGGAUCUGGUAUAACAGCAUUUACUCAAGCUCACCCUAGCAACGGACAGAGAGUGAACCCCCCCCCACCUCCUCAAGUCAGGAGUGUCACUCCUCCACCACCUCCAAGAGGCCAGACUCCCCCGCCAAGAGGUACAACUCCACCUCCCCCAUCAUGGGAACCAAACACUCAAACAAAGCGCUAUUCUGGGAACAUGGAAUAUGUAAUCUCCCGCAUCUCUCCUGUUCCACCUGGAGCCUGGCAGGAGGGCUAUCCUCCACCACCUCUUAACACGUCCCCAAUGAAUCCUCCUAAUCAGGGACAGAGAGGCAUUAAUUCUGUUCCUGUUGGCAGGCAACCAAUCAUCAUGCAGAGUGCUAACAAAUUUAACUUUCCACCAGGGAGACCUGGAAUUCAGAAUGGUAGUGGCCAGACUGAUUUUAUGAUACACCAAAAUGUUGUCCCUGCUGGCGCUGUGAAUCGGCAGCCACCGCCUCCAUACCCUCUGACCCCAGCUAAUGGACAAAGCCCUUCUGCUUUACAGACAGGAGGAUCUGCUGCUCCUUCAUCAUACACAAAUGGGAAUAUUCCUCAGUCUAUGAUGGUGCCAAACAGAAAUAGUCAUAACAUGGAACUUUAUAACAUUAAUGUACCUGGACUGCAAACAACUUGGCCUCAGUCAUCUUCUGCUCCUGCCCAGUCAUCCCCGAGCAGUGGACAUGAAAUCCCUACAUGGCAACCUAACAUACCAGUGAGGUCAAAUUCUUUUAAUAACCCAUUAGGAAAUAGAACAAGUCAUUCUGCUAAUUCUCAGCCUUCGGCUACAACAGUCACUGCUAUUACACCAGCUCCCAUUCAACAGCCUGUGAAAAGUAUACGUGUAUUGAAACCAGAGCUGCAGACUGCUUUAGCACCUACACACCCUUCUUGGAUACCACAGCCAAUUCAAACUGUUCAACCUGGUCCUUUUUCUGAGGGUACCACUUCAAAUAUGACCGUUAUGCCGCCUGUUGCUGAAGCUCCAAACUAUCAAGGUCCACCACCACCUUACCCCAAACAUCUGCUACACCAAAACCCAUCUGUUCCUCCAUAUGAAUCAGUCAAUAAAUCUAGCAAAGAGGAACAGCCGAGCUUGCCCAAGGAAGAUGAGAGUGAGAAAAGUUAUGAAAAUGUUGAUAAUGGAGAUAAAGAAAAGAAACAGAUUACCACUUCACCUAUCACCGUUAGGAAAAACAAGAAAGAUGAAGAGCGAAGGGAAUCUCGUAUCCAAAGUUAUUCUCCUCAGGCAUUUAAAUUCUUUAUGGAGCAACAUGUAGAAAAUGUACUCAAAUCUCAUCAGCAGCGUCUACAUCGUAAAAAACAAUUAGAGAACGAAAUGAUGCGGGUUGGAUUAUCUCAAGAUGCCCAAGAUCAAAUGAGAAAGAUGCUUUGCCAAAAAGAGUCUAAUUACAUCCGUCUUAAGAGGGCUAAAAUGGACAAGUCUAUGUUUGUGAAGAUAAAGACAUUAGGAAUAGGAGCAUUUGGUGAAGUCUGUCUAGCAAGAAAAGUAGAUACUAAGGCUUUAUAUGCAACAAAAACUCUUCGAAAGAAAGAUGUUCUACUUCGAAAUCAAGUUGCUCACGUUAAAGCUGAGAGAGAUAUCCUGGCCGAAGCUGACAACGAAUGGGUAGUUCGUCUUUAUUAUUCAUUCCAAGACAAGGACAAUUUAUACUUUGUAAUGGACUAUAUUCCUGGGGGUGAUAUGAUGAGCCUAUUAAUUAGAAUGGGCAUCUUUCCAGAAAAUCUGGCACGAUUCUACAUAGCAGAACUUACCUGUGCGGUUGAAAGUGUUCAUAAAAUGGGUUUUAUUCAUAGAGAUAUUAAACCUGAUAACAUUUUGAUUGAUCGUGAUGGUCAUAUUAAAUUGACUGACUUCGGCCUCUGCACUGGCUUCAGAUGGACGCAUGAUUCUAAGUACUAUCAGAGUGGUGACCAUCCACGGCAAGAUAGUAUGGAUUUCAGUAAUGAAUGGGGUGACCCCUCUAACUGUCGAUGUGGAGAUAGACUGAAGCCACUAGAGCGGAGAGCUGCACGCCAGCACCAGCGAUGUCUUGCACAUUCUUUGGUUGGGACUCCCAAUUAUAUUGCGCCUGAAGUGUUGUUACGAACAGGCUACACACAGUUAUGUGACUGGUGGAGUGUUGGUGUCAUUCUUUUUGAAAUGUUGGUGGGACAACCUCCUUUCUUGGCACAAACACCAUUUGAAACACAAGUGAAGGUUAUCAACUGGCAAACAUCUCUUCAUAUCCCACCGCAAGCUAAACUGAGUCCUGAAGCCUCUGAUCUUAUUAUUAAACUCUGCAGAGGACCAGAAGAUCGCUUAGGCAAGAAUGGUGCUGAUGAAAUAAAAGCUCAUCCGUUUUUUAAAACAAUUGAUUUUUCCAGUGACCUGAGACAGCAGUCUGCUUCAUACAUUCCUAAAAUCACACACCCAACAGAUACAUCAAAUUUUGAUCCUGUUGAUCCUGAUAAGUUACGGAGUGAUGAUAAUGAAGAAGAAAAUGUAAAUGACACUCUGAACGGAUGGUAUAAAAAUGGAAAGCACCCUGAACAUGCUUUCUAUGAAUUUACCUUUCGGAGGUUUUUUGAUGACAAUGGCUACCCAUAUAAUUAUCCAAAGCCUAUUGAAUAUGAAUAUAUUAAUUCACAAGGCUCAGAGCAACAGUCAGAUGAAGAUGAUCAGCACACAGGCUCAGAGAUCAAAAGUCGUGACCUAGUGUAUGUUUAACACACUAGGAAAUAAUUGUAAUGAGGCUUUGCAAUAAGGCCUGAAACGCAGGGGUUUUUGAAGCUCUGAGAGUAAAAUUAUGCAAAUGUAACAGAGCUAUGUAUGUGUGCUCUGUGUACAAUUUUUUAUGUUCCUAAAUUAUGGGAAAUCCUUUUGAAAUGUUAAUUUAUUCCAGCCUUUUUAAUCAGUAAUUUAGAAAAAAAUUGUUAUAAAGUAAAUUAUGAGCUGAAUAUUAUAGUCAGUUCUUGGUACUUAAAGUACUUAAAAUAAAAAAUAGUGCUUUGUUUAAAAGGAGAAGCCUGAUAUCUAUUUGUACAUAUACUAAAUAAUUUUUAAAAAAACAAGAAUUUUUGAAAAUUUUUUGAAAGACAGUUUUAGUUUUAUCUUGCUUUAACCAAAUAUGAAAUAUACCCCACAUUUACAGAGGUGUUUUUUUUUUCUUCCCCCAUAAUUUGUUUUUGGAAAAAAAUAAGCUAUAGAAAUGAAGCCAUCAUGGUGGUGAGUGUUCCUAGGCUAAUGAUAAUCUGUAUAAUUCACAUUUUGUAACUAAGAAAUACAGGGUUGAAACAGUAUGCUCAUCCAGAUGAAAACUAGUGCAGUUUAUCUUUUUAUCCCAUCUGCGGAAUACUUAAUUUUCUAACAUAUCUCAGCAAAUUACUGGCUUUGAAAGAAGCAAAGCACUACCAUUUUUCUUUUCAUAUUGGUAUUUUUAAUGCUGCUUUCAGUUUUUAAAGGGAACAAAGCUGCCAUAAAUUAAAAUUUUCAAUACUAAAAGCUAAUAAGAUCUUUCAUAUUUUUACUUUGAAAUUAAAAAAAAGUUCCACAUCCUAAGCAGAGAGAUCAUUUUCAGCUUCAUAUGAAACUUUAAUUAAAAAUUAUUUGUGAGUACUUACUAGAAAAGUACUUUUUCUAUAUAGUGACAGUUUUGAUUAUGUCAUCAGUAAUGUUAUAUAGUUUUCCUCUUUCAGAACAGAGAUGCAUACACAGAUUGUUACUGGCAAAAGAAAAUGUGGCUAUUUGGCAAUAUUUUACCUGUAGGCAGAGAUUAAUUGGUGAAAAAAACAUUAUUUAAUUCCUAAUUAAGGUGGCCAUUAGUAAUUAGGAAAAAAUACAUAGUGUUCUUAGGAAAAUUCAAAACCUCCUAACUUAUUAAGGUUAAACAGUAUGUUUUUCAGCAUUACUGUUAUAUAUAAUACUUAGGUAUAAGGACAACUUGUGGUUUCAUACCAAAAUACAUUUAGCUUAACUUUUAGGAAGGGGGAAAGGGCUCUAUUCUCACAUUAGUAAAAUUUGUAUUUUAUUUCCUGAAGCUCCACUGAUAGGGAAUUGUUUCAUCAAAACAAUAUUUGUGGAGAAGAAGCAUAAUUUUAGUGAUUUUUCAAACUUACAGCUUUCUUCAAAUAAAAGCUAAUGGAAUCAUGUAUGCAAGUAAAAUUAAAGACAAAGCUGUUCUGGUUGAAUUGGGGAGAGCAAAAAAGAUUUAUUAGCUCACACUUCCCUCCUUUCUAUAGGUGGCCUUUCUAUAGUUGGUCUUCUCAGCUUGUAAACCAGUGCAUUAGCCACUAUGUAAUGGUAGGUCUUUGGGAGUCAUUGGCCCUUCCAAGAAUCUGAUGAAAGCUGUGGCUUCUCUUCCCAGAAAAAUGCACAUCAACACAUACGCACAAAAUGUUGCAUGCAGUUUAGCGAUUUUGGAUGUGUUGAAACCUGUCACAAACUCUUCGUUAGGGACCUCUGUCCUGCAAGAACACUGAUAUAUUAAACUAGGAACUUUGCUGUAAGUUUACUGAUUAGUACUCAGAUUAGCACAUCUUGUAUAAACACUGAUAAUUUAUGGUGUGAAAGGUCUGUACCAUGUGAUAAGAUAUCCUUAGGACUGCCUCUCUUGCUGGUACAGCACCAAGACAUUUUAAACACACCCUUUUGAGGGCACUGAAAUACAUGUUUGGCUUGUUACAAGCUUAAUAAAUAUUUCUGAAGGACUUCUACUCAGAGGAUUGUAGGAAAAUGCACUAUAUAAGAUGGCAGUCUUCACUUCAUGGAACGUUUGAUUAGUCCUGUAAAAUUCUAUGCAAAACAAAUUAGUUCAAGAACUUUCUAGCUCAGUACUCAAAUUUUUAAGUUAUCCCCCUUGUUCUUCAGGCUUUCUCAGUCAGAUUUAUUGCAAUUUCCAUUUAGUUGUUUUAUUUCUGGACUAUGGUGCAAUACAGAAUAAAACCAACUUUGUUACAUUUACAUUGUAGGAAAACUAAGGUGCUGUCUUCUCCCCCUCCCUCCCCCCAAAAUCUGUGUUGCCCUUAUUCCUCAAAUGUAACAGACACUACAAAUUUUGUAUUCUUUUAAAUUUCCUCUGACAGUAUAAGCUUUUUGUGUUUAUCUGAAGCAGUGUACAAGCCUUUCGUAUCUGCAUUUUUAGCAGUUUGGAUAUACUUAUUAGCUGUCUUAUUCCCAAACUAUAUCCAGAUCUUCCAGUAUAGAAUCUGGUGCUUCCUGACCAAAAAGAUGAGAACGAUGUCAAAAAUCUAUAUGCUCUCAAUUGAAAUUGAGUGAAAACAUUGAUCAUGUUUUCUUUUUAAAAUAAUUUUCCCACUCAUUAAAAAAAAAAACUUGCUGUCUUUCUUAUACUCACCCCUUUUAUGCAUAUCAGUGGUAUUUAUGAAAUGUGUUCUAUAAUUAUGUAAUUGUAGAUACAGUUAUGUAUUGUCCAGUGACGUCCUAAGGCAGGCCCUGUUGCUGUAUCUUUUCUACCUUAUUUGUAAUAGAAACUAUAGAAUGUAUGACUAAGAAGUCACUUUGAGAUUGACUUUUUUAAAAAGUUAUUACCUUCUGCUGUUGCAAAGUGCAAAACUGUGAGUGGAAAUGUUUUCUUCUGACUUAAUAAUAUGUUGAAAUUAGAGAAUACAGUGGGAGGAUUUUUAGAUAUUGCUGCUGCUGUUACCUAAGGUACUUUAGAAAUUUUUCUUUAAUAAACAAAAAUCCCUUUGGUAUUUAAAGUGAAACAUUUAGCCUGUUUGUUUUAAUCUAAAACAAAAAGUAAUUUGGAUCAACAUAAUGGUGUAUUUGUAAAGCGCCUUAAUAGAUCCCUUUGUGAAGGCACUAUACCACAGUUUACUUUUAUAUUGUAUUAUGUAUAUAAGUAUUUUGUAUUAAAAUUGAAUCAAUACAACACUACAGUUUUAUAAAAUAAUGCUUUGUUAGGAAAAGGAGUUACAGCAUUGCAAUAUAACUAAAUUGUUUUGCAUACUUCUGAAUGUAGUAGAUACGAAUAAUCAGCCUGUGUUCUUAAUGAAUCUAUUUGUAUUUCCCCAAUCAUUUUCUCUAGUGUAACAUUUGCUGGGAUCAUAAUAAAAAAAAGCAAAAUUCAAAUCUUUAAAUUAUGUGUGGAAGGCUGACUUUUAGGCUGCUUAGUUAAGUAA